AUGGAGCAGCCAAUGCAAGUAGCAGCGGAUUCGUCUUCAAUCGGCUCUCAAUUACCUCAGUCAAACAGUGCGUCACCUGGUUUAUCAAGAAAACGUAUUUCGAAGGUUCUAAGAAAGAAUGAGCGUGGAGAGACAGCACUGCACGUAGCAGCGCGUAAGGGAGAACACCGAUUGUGCAAGAAGUUAAUCGAGGAAGGAGCACUUAUCAAUGCUCGGGAUUAUGCUGGUUGGACUCCCUUACAUGAAGCAUGUUAUCAUGGACAUUUCAAAGUUGCUAAACUUCUUCUCGGCUACGAUGCAGAUGUUAAUGCGUUGUCCGACUGUGAUGAUACUCCCCUACAUGAUGCUGUCACGAGUGGAAACGAAAAGUUGGUUUGGUUGUUGUUACACUCCGGUGCAAUUCGUGAUCGUGUUGAUAAUGAUGGAAAAAAGCCGAUUGAUAUUUGUCACCCUGAAUAUAGUGGAAUAAGGAGUCUUCUGUCUACUGCUGUCGUACCAGAAUUAUAUUCAUUGGACGAGUCACCUUCUUUGAGCCCGUCUAGUCCAACUCACGCACAAAGCUCUUCUCAGAUGCUUACGGUAAAUGUAAUACAGUUCACUCCGGAAAAGCAAUGCCUAACAUCACCAAAUAGUGAUGAUUCCGUAGCCAGUGCAGAAACUUUUCCGAGAGAAAGAAAUACAGGAAUCAGUGAGGAGCUGCGAAUGCAAUUGCAAGGGACAUGUAGCCAAACGCUUAGUGGAGGAGAGGAUAUGGACAGGAAUACAAAGGUUCCCGAUUUUGAUAGUGUGGUAUCAAGAGAUGAAGAAGUGAAAGCUGUAAUUCAUCAUGGUUUUAACGAGAUCGAUCCCCCAUUUUCCAUGCAGCGUUCAUUAUGGCCUGAAGAAAGAAGUGAAACAUUGAAAAGUGUUGGAUUGCGUACUGAUUCUUCACCGUACGAAUUUGACCAUGAUUUAACAUCAUCGCAUGUCUUAUUUGAGAAUACUUGCUUUGGAAUAAGUGAAUCAAAGGAAACGGAAAUUCGCCAUAUUGGACAUGUACGUACACAUACUGAACGUUUUUCUCCUCAGUAUACAUCCCAAAAAUCGACCUAUAAUGAAAAGCGUAAGCAAAGAGGUCGAAGACGAGGACAAGGCAUCUCUACAACUGCAGGCUCUGCAGUUAUUACAGCUCAGGCAUCUCAAGCCAAUGAUGUGUAUGAAUUUCGCAGCAGCCCUGAAUCCGAUGUAGCAAAUAGUUGUGCUUUCACGGUAUUCGCCAUUGCUAGAACUAGUGGUAUAAUUGACAAGUGGCAAAUAGCGGUGAAACGUGUUUCGCAAGAAAUUUUUGCAAACCCAGAUAGCGCUAUGUCAAAAACAGGAUCUGCUGAAGAUAUGGAGCGAGAACUGAGCGAAUCGCCGAGUCUGAAAAAACAACGAUUUAGUCAGUCUGGAACCACCAAUGUGGCCUCUUUCACUUCGACUACAGCUUCGUCUCAAACAAGUACUACACAAGAAAGCAUAUCCAUACAGGAAAAAGAAGAAGCUUUGGAUAUAAUAUCAAAUUUAUCUGAUCUGACGGAUGAAAAAGCUAAUGCAACAGUUGGUCGUAAGGUACCUCCGCUUCGGAUAUCCUUACCCCGUACACCCACCGAAGAUGGUAUAGUGAUAGCAAGUGCUACGGAUGAUCUGACAUUAGUUGCGACGAAUGCUGUAAGACGAAAUACUAGAAGUGCCAAAAGUCUUACUCGGAGGCAUCAGAGCCCUGAACCAAGUACCAGCAGUACUUAUGAUGAAAGUAUACAACGAGUUACAAGAAGCAAACUUCGACAGUCCGGAAAACAACUUAGAGAUCAUCCUGCAGUCAGUUAUGAAACAUCAGCGAAGAGAAAAUCAAAUAGUUGGCGCCGUAGUUCCACAACUACUGUAUCACCAAUGCUCCCGUCGUCAGCAGCAACUUCCGAUGAACAGACCACUUCUAGCAAUGAUGCUGGCGAUAGAGCUGAUGCCGAUGAAAGCUCACAUUUGGAAGCAGCUGCACAGAAAGACGAUGAAAAUACUUUAUUAGCUUUGUCAUUGAUGAAGAAGAACAGCUAUGAAGGUUUUCGAAACUUCCGUUCUGUAAUUGAAGAGCGUUGGGCGAAAGAUGCAACUGAAGAGACUGUUAUUCCAGAAAGCCCACCUAAUUUUAGUAAUUAUUUGAUUGUACAAGGAAAUUACACAUCGGCAAACAAUCCAGACUCUCUGCCAACUCAGGAAAAAAUAGAUGUUUUGUUUAUGGAAAAAUUAACGGCAAAACUUCGUACUCUUUACACUGAACAGGAGGAAAGGAGGCGAAAUAUGCAAAUUUAUCAUCAGGUAGAGCGUGAACGAUUGAGAAUGCAAGCAGAAAGCGAAGUAAUGCGUAUGCUUACACGGAAGGCAAAUGAACACCAUGAAUCCUUUUCAGCAAUGAGGGUGAUUCGAGAAACGAAUGUAUUCAAUACCGGUUUUUUGGAAGUGAAGCCAAAAAACUUACCAGUAAUGGAAACUUCGGACGUCAAGCUAAAGUAUGAAAAGCUAGCAGAAACAAUGCGCAGACGACAACAAAUGGAGGCAGAUGCACUAUAUGCUGAACAGGUAUUUAUAUGGAAUGCGGCAGUUCAGAGAAGUGAAGACGCAACACUGUCAAGUUUGAAAAAUGCUGUACCACUUGUAUCAGUUAGCUCAUUGGUUCUAAAUUUAUGA